AUGGUCUUGCUCUCUUGCAGCUUGAUAGGUGCAUCGCGUGGCCAUGAGACUCGCCGUAGCUUACUCCUUCCGAUUCUAAAUAAGGGUCCUGAGAUUUUUGACGUGACAAAAUAUGGUGCUGUGGCAGAUGACAAGAAAGACAAUGUUGUUGCAUUUAGGGCAGCAUGGGGAGCGGCAUGCAAGAACAGUACUACUCAAGCAAAGGUUUUGAUCCCAGAGGGAACUUAUCGUAUUGCCCAAACAUUGUUUGCGGGGCCAUGUAGCAGCCCAAAGCCUAUAACCAUUGAAAUUAUGGGAACUAUUAAAGCCAACACAGAUCCAUCUGAGUACGCGAGUCCAGAAUGGUUCGCGUUCGAGAACAUUGAUGGCCUUGUGUUGACUGGGAAAGGGGUUUUUGAUGGCCAAGGACCUGCUAUGUGGCCAUUUAACGACUGCAGGACAGUCAAACAAACUUGUUCACCCCUCCCUUCUUCUCUGAAAUUCUACAAGGUGAACAACUCGAUAGUGACAGGCAUCACUUCGUUGAACAGCAUGCAGUUCCACUUGCACGUUCACGGGUGUAACAAUGUUUCACUAUUUGACCUCAACAUAACAGCACCAGGAAACAGUCCCAACACAGACGGCAUCCACGUAAGCUCCAGCGACAGCAUCAAGAUCUUCAGCAACGUCAUCGGAACCGGCGAUGACUGCAUUUCCAUCGGACACAGCUCCACCAACCUUGCUGUCCAUAACAUCACCUGCGGCCCCGGUCACGGCAUCAGUAUCGGAAGCCUUGGAAAGAGGCCAGAGGAGGGAAGUGUGGACGGCGUCACCGUUACCAAUUGCACGUUUGUGAACACCACCAACGGUGCCAGAAUCAAAACCUGGAUCGGGACGGUGGCAGCGGAAGUUAGGAACGUUACCUAUGAAGGCCUCAUCAUGUACGGUGUCCAGAAUCCCAUUGUGAUUGACCAGAGUUAUGGUUCCAGAGUGGCCAGAGCGCCAUCAAGUUCGGUGUGGAAGAUCAGUGAUGUUCAUUUCCGCAAGAUAAAAGGAACUACAAUAUCAAGCAUUGCAGUGUCUCUGGAAUGCAGCACCCGGAACCCCUGCGAGGGUGUUGAGGUAGCCGAUGUAGAUUUGGCUUAUGCUGGACGUACACUGAUCAAUACAACUUUCCUAACCGCGUGUUCAAAUGCAAAAGCUAUUUUUGGAGGGAUACUGAAUCCACCACCUUGUUAG